GGUGACGUAAACGCGCUUCUUUCGUAAAGACGUUUGGGUGAAUCUGCAGUCUGCAGGAGACCAGGGAUUUCUGCUUUCCGCCCGUUUUCAGAAGUCUUUAAAUAUAUAUAUAUUUCAGAGUCGGGGUUGGUCAUUCAUCAGAAAAAGCACAAAAAUUCAGAGCGAAGAUGCGUGCUCAGCUUCUUCUCCCUUUCAUGCUGUUGCUCUUGGCUUCUCCCAUGACUUGGGGGCGUUACGAUGACUUUGACGACGGUGAAGACCUUGCAGAAUUUGAUGACAAUGACUUUGCGGAGUUCGAGGACUUGAGCGAGGAUGCGGGCAUGGAGCCGGAAGCAACGGCCUCUCCCCGGGUGGCUGCGGCCCCUGCUAGCGACCAGGACGAUGACGAUGAUGAGGCUGUUGUGGAGAUAGAGGAUGCGCAGGAUGACUUUGAGGAUACAGAGACGCCGGAUGAAGACAUUAAAUAUGACACUGAGGAAUUUGAAGGCUUUGAGAAGUCCAGUCCUUCCUUCAAAGAUCCCAUCAACAUCAUAACAGUACCAUCCCACUUGCAAAACAGCUGGGAGAGCUACUAUAUGGAGAUCCUGAUGGUGACGGGGCUGCUGGCCUACAUCAUGAAUUACAUCAUUGGGAAGAACAAGAAUCACCGUCUGGCACAGGCCUGGUUCAGCUCACACCGGGAGCUGCUUGAGAGUAACUUUGCCCUUGUGGGUGACGAUGGCACCAGCAAGGAAGCGGUAAGCACCGGGAAGCUCAACCAAGAGAACGAGCACAUCUACAACCUGUGGUGCUCAGGCCGUGUAUGCUGCGAGGGCAUGCUCAUCCAGCUCAAGUUUUUGAAGAGGCAAGACCUGCUCAAUGUACUCGCAAGGAUGAUGAGGCCUGUCUGCGAUCAAGUGCAAAUCAAGGUGACCCUGAAUGAUGAGGACAUGGACACUUUUGUCUUUGCUGUGGGCAGCAGGAAGGCGAUGGCCCGACUGCAGAAGGAGAUGCAGGACUUGAGUGAGUUCUGCAGCGACAAGCCCAAAUCUGGAGCUAAGUACAGCCUCCCAGAGUUCAUGGCAAUCCUGUCAGAGAUGGGGGAGGUGACAGAUGGAAUGAUGGACAGCAAGAUGGUUCAUUACCUCAUCAAUCACGCCGACAAGAUUGAGUCCAUCCAUUUCUCGGACCAAUUCUCUGGUCCAAAACUUAUGCAAGAGGAGGGUCAGCCCUUGAAAUUGCCAGAGACUAAAAAGACACUUUUGUUUACAUUUAAUGUGCCUGGGAUGGGCAACACGUCUCCCAAAGACAUGGACGCCCUGCUGCCCCUCAUGAACAUGGUCAUCUACAGCAUCGACAAAGUCAAAAAGUUUCGCCUCAACAGGGAGGGCAAGCAGAAGGCUGACAAGAACCGGGCCCGCGUGGAGGAGAACUUCUUGAAACAGACACAUGCCCAACGCCAGGAGGCUGCGCAGACCCGGCGUGAGGAGAAAAAGCGUGCGGAGAAGGAAAGAAUAAUGAAUGAGGAGGACCCUGAACGACAGCGUCGCCUGGAGGAGGCAGCACAGCGUCGGGAACAGAAAAAGUUAGAGAAGAAGCAGAUGAAGAUGAAGCAGAUCAAAGUGAAAGCCAUGUGAAGAUGGUGCAAGAGACAGCUAGCGUUCAGCUCGCACUCCUUGCCCUGCUUCCACCUUUUCCAAUAACUACAGCCACCAUUCUCUUCUGCUUGUUUGUCCUCCUGUUGUCAUCACACCCGACUCUCUGAUGCGUCUGAUGUGACCUACUGACGUCGUCAUUCAGUCCUCUCCGAUAGCUGUCUCUCCAUCAUGGAAUCCACUGUCCCUCAGGUUGCGAGCAGCUGGCACUUAAGGAAUGAGGAUCUUCCAUUUUAGAUUUAAGCGGGCUUUUUGUUUUGUUUUUUGUUUUUGUCUUGGUAUUAAUUCUUCCUAAUGGUUGUGCAUUAAGACCUACCAGGACCGAGUAGCCUGUUUGAUAAUGAGAGGGGACAGUGCUUUUUUUUUUUUUUUUUUUU